GCGUAUUCGUAAGAGCUCCUUCGGUCUGCAGCCAAGGGCACCUCAGAUGCCGUGCGUUCCUUCGUUGCCCGUGCAGGUCGCCCGAGGACUCGAAAGCGGAUCUCCAGCAAGCGCUCUCAUUGCUCGGCCCUACCGGCUAUGACGAAGUCCCGCCAUCAGCCACACUUCUUCACGCGCCCGCAGUGCCUUGGUGCCGACAAGCAUCGACGCAAUCUUCUUUGAGCGAAUUGCGAGUAGACUUUACCUAGGACGAGGCCGCCCUACGCAUCGUGCACGCAAACCCUAGCACAUUUGGCUGGUGGAGCUGCGCGUGAUAAGCCCCAGAGCAGCCCGCCGGGCGUCAUACAACACCCGGCGACAUUACUUUAUUGCUUCCCCAUCCUCGCGAGGCCGAGCGUUCUAUAUUACUGUUCCUGUACCCCUGCGGCCUUCACGCCUGCGCCUUCCUGCUGCCCCUCAUUUCUUCGCAAUUUCUUUCUAGCAUGGCUCAAGGCACCCCGCCUGGCCUGGCGCUCAACGGAACCACAGUGUCCACCAUGGACAACCAGCCCUCGGUCUCCGAAUUCGGCGAGCUCCAUGACGCAGGCGCAGAGCGGCCGAUGGCGAAGCGGGUGGACACAAACUACACAAUGGCGUCCAUGAUGUCGUUGCCGCCAGAGGGUUCCAUCUUGACCGGCAAGCAGGAGCACUACCUCAAGCGUGAGCUCAUUUCCCAGCAAACACAGUUCGAAAUCUCCGAGCUCUCAUCGUCGACCGCUCUCAAGCGCUUUGGCGCGCCCUUCCGUUCAGACGCCGGCGAAGUCGCCCCAGAAGACUCGGAGCUGCCUCUACUGCGCUUCAUUUUCGUCAACCAUGUGCGAAACUUCCCGUUCCUCGACAAAGCCAAGGAGAAGGAGUUCUGGCAGGACAAACUGCAAGUGUUCCUCGAAUCGUUCGCGAGCAAAGACAUCUCGUCUUCAGAGGACCGCCUCGAGGAAACAAAGCGAAAGAAGCUAGCGCUUAAGGCAGAGAAGCUGGUUGAGCUUAUGAUGGUCUCUGGUAUUCCCACUGCGUCUGGCUACGAGGAGAGGAUACGCUUCUCUGAAAUGGAAAUCGUCGAGCGCGGCGCAAAUGAGGAGGGUUUACACAUGAACGCACCCAGCGGUCAUUUCAUUAAUGGCUGGGAUGUCAACGUUGCCGGCGUGCGAACCACAUCAGUAAAGAAGCAUCUCCGGUAUCACACACAUGCGGAAUAUCUCAUCAGAGUCAAACAGAGCGAUGACCGCGAAAUCUACGUCGGACGACGGUACCAGGACUUCGUCAAUCUUCACAAGCGCAUACGCCUUGAGCUUCCUGGAAAGGUGCUCCCUCCACUCCCACGCAAGAACAAAAAGGACUCCAUCAUGAGCUCAUCUAAAGACGACGACGAUGCUAGUUCCAUAUCCUCGGUAUCCACACAAGGACCGGCACCUGAUACUUAUCAGAAGAGCGACGGUGGUGGUGGAGGCCUGCGAAGCUACCUCUGGGGUGGCGGUCACAAGAAGAACGCCUCACAGACAUCGCUUGGACCACCAGGGGCACGGUCGCCUCGUGCUUCAGGAGAGGGCUAUGGUUAUACGCCACCGCGGACUCUUUACCGUGAAGAGCAGCGUGUGUCGUUGCGAGCCUUCCUCCGAUCGUUCCUCAACAAUGAGCGCAUUGCACAAUCGAAUGCUAUGGCUGACUUCCUCACCCGCGACCCUAUCGAGGUCAACGAGGAAGAGAUGGAAGACAUCGAGAAGCGUAUGAUCAUGGACGAAAAACGGAUACAAGAGCAGAAGCAGUUCUAUGAGGUCGCACGGAAGCGGGCUGCGGAGCUCGACAUCCACAUGGAAAAGUUUAGACGUGAGAUCGUGGAGAGGAAUGGCCUAUCGCAUCUCUUCCAAGAAAUCAGAGUGAAGAACUCGAUUUCCGACCUGAAGCCAGAGUACCAGAAAUUUGCGGAAUGGUUGCGAAUAGAAGUCGCGGCCACCAUCUACCAUCUGUUCCUGGCUGAAGACAAUUCGCCGGAGCUAUUCGCGCAGGCGAAGCGGAUACACUCGCUGGUGCCAUACGGUAUGCUGAAGAACGUCAUCAGAAUUGCGAAUCCGGCAGCGGUAAUGAGCGGAGUUCUUGAUUUGUUCCUUGCGCAACCUUUUGGCGCACGGUCUUUACUUCAGCGCAUCUUUGGUAUGGCCAUCAACGAUGGCGUUAAUUCUGUGCAGAAGACGAUCGAUACCCUCGCCUCCACCAAGAUCAAGGACGAUGUUCUCUGCGCCAAGAUCAAAGCAUACGUCGAGUCAGAUGAAGAGGUGAAGGGAAUUCUUCGGCAAGAGGCGGACAGCGAGCAAGUCGAUGUCGUCGUGACGAUCCUCCGAUCUGACUUCUUCAAACCCGAGUUGAGCUCCGAGCAAGUGGAGAAGGUCUUCAACGCCUACGUUGCAUGGAACAAUGCCGUCGAAAAUGUGAGGCCGACCAAUCGAUACAGCAGAAACAACAGUACGCGCAGCGUUAACAGCAUCCGUACUAAUACGUCUGGUCAGAUCGACAAGGACUUGCGACAGGGCGCCGAGCUCUUUGCGCAUCUCAAACAGUAUCUCAAGCUGUGUCUGAGGCAACGCGACAAGCUCAUGAUGCUGCAGAUCAUUGAGGAGCCCACCACACUGCAGCUCUUCCGCGACCUGUUCACCAUCUUCUACGAACCACUUGUCCGUGUCUACAAGUCAGCAAAUGUCUAUAACAGUAUCACAGAUUUCGCUGUGUUCGUCGACGACACAAUCAAGACCAUUGAAGCUUGCCAACGACAAGAGGUUUCCGCAGACCCCAACCAAACAGUACAAGCGUUCAUCGACCUCUGCGCACGUCACGAAGACAACUUCUACAAGUUUGUACACGAGGUCCACAUCCACGACAACGGGCUCUUCGAUCAGCUGAUGGGUUGGCUGGAAGGCAUCCUCGAGUUUCUACGUCACGGCCCCAACAGUGGCGGCAAGCUCGACAUGAACGCGCUUUUCCAGGGCAGCAUGGAUUCAGGCAUUAUCGACAAGCGGAAAGCUAUCCGAGAGAUCAAUAGUCUGAUCAAGUGGCAGACCGCCCGCAAGAAGUGGCAUCAGGAUAAGACAAGGCAGAAGAUGGCAAGUGCAGGCGAUGAACCAGAUCCCGUGCUUGGCGGUAUGGCAGGGUUCAAGAGCAGCGACUUUGGGCUCAAUGAGGUAAGCCUUCAUCUUUUCUUAAAUCAUUCUUUCAUACACAAGAUUUUCCGUACUGACACAACACAGCUCGACCUACAAGAUCUCGAACUCGACGACGAAGCCACAGACUCAGAAGACGAGGAAGAGGGUGACGAUGACGACGACCCCAUCGAAGCCGAGCGCAAGAGCCGUGCGAGAGCCGCGGAGAAGCUCAAGAGGAGAGCGGGCGAGCCGAAGAAACCUACGAUUGAGGAGGUCAAGAAACUGCAUCCGAGCUUCUUGACCAUGUUGAGAAGUGUGCUGGCGAAUUAAGUUGGGAGUUGAGCAUCGUUGACGAGGAGAGCACGUAUCCCUAGAUGUUAACCUAAUGAUAGAUGUACACGAACAGGUGAAUGACUUGGGUGACGUCAGUGCUUUUGCCGUUUGUUGUUUAGGGCGCAUUUGUCGUCGUUGCCUCAACUUAACACAAUUUAUCACCCGCCGCGCGACCGUAGUGCAAAAUACACCCCCAGUCAACCAAAACAACAUGGCACACGCCGCCGAGGCUACCCAGGC